AAGCGAGCGGUGCACGCGACGGACGGCGUUUUCUUGACAAAUGAACAAGCGAGCUAUCAGUUCACGACGAGUCGAGCAAAAUAAAUAAAACCAGCGCGAUACACAAAAGGCGAAAAGCAACAAAACUGCUCUUAAGCAUAGAUUGACAUACUAUAUAAUACUUGUGCUGAGAUACUAUUACACGUUAAUCGGCUUUUGGCUUAUUAUACUAUCUAUGCAUGCAAAUUGAUAGUAAACAACAUAAUCGUAAUUCAUACAUAUUUAAUUAAAACAAUUGCGGUUUCAUUAAAUGCAAAUCCCUUUUUGCGAAUAGAACGCGCGAGUGCAGUACGAAAAUCAAUUGGAAAUUAAAUCAAAACACAUUGAAAAUCUAAAAUCCCGUUACAUCCGUUACAUGAACGCCGACGAGCAAUUCGGACAUUAACCGUUACGCUUACCGCGCUCCUACAUUUCGUUGUAUUUGUGUGUUUGUGUGUGUGUGUGUGUUUUCGGUGAGCGUUGUGUCUGUGUGCGUGUUAUGACAGAGCGAGCGCGCGAGAACGAGACGGAAACGGAGUUGUUGGAGAAGGCAAAGUGGAGCGAUAAAAGCAAGAGCGAGAAGAGCUUUGACAAUAGGCAAAUAGGCAAAUCAUAUGCCGCCCACGUAAUGUGUGACGAAAUUUAAAUUCGCCAUCUAUGCAAAUACAAUUGCACAAAUCGCCUGUGCAUGUGUGCGAGCGGGUUAGUGUGUGUGUGUUCUUUGUGUUUGUGUGUAUAACGUAUAUACAUAAGUGAUAGAGAGAGAGAGAGAAGUGGGAUAUUCAUGUGGAUUACCAUAAACAUAAACAAAGGAUUAGAAAGAAACAACAGAAGCGGCAGCAGCAGAAGAAGAAGACAAGCAAAGGAAACCACAGAAACAUUUCUGGAAUUACAACAGUAAAAGAAGAAGAAGCAGCAGCAGAAGCAAAGCUUUCGUUGAAAAAUAUCUCGGAGAUUGGAGUUAAGGAGUCUGAGAGAUACAGAGGGUCGUCCGCAUCCGACAGAUUCCAGCAGCAACAGCAACAGCAGCAGCAGCUGUUUGCUUCCAUCGCUGUGUGUGUGACAAGCGCAACUAAUGAGCACAACGCAGCUACAACAGCAGCCAGCAAGCAGCAACAAAUCGGAAACAGGAAGCAGCAACAGCAACGACGAACGAAAGUAAAACUGCGUGGCCAUUAUUAUCAUUACUAAAUAAUCGUAACUGUGAUAGCACCAAAGAAAGAAAAAGAAAAGCAAAGCAGCGCAAAGUUGAAAAUACUCACGAUAUAUAUAUCAGAUACAUUUACCCACAGCUACAGCUACAGAUAUAGAUACUCGUUCAAGUUGCUGCCGUGCGUAAUUACGUUUCAGUGAUUUUCAAACUAAUAAAUGUCGUACGCGCAAUUGCCGGCAACGACAACAACAACAACUAUUUGCUAAAGCCAAGCAGCCAACAAAACUCCGCACAAAAUGGCGCACAAAAUGAGGCAGACAACAACAGUGGCAGCAGCCACACUAAAGGCAACAACAGCCACAUCAGCAGCGACAGCAACACACACGAGAGCAACACAGAGCUGCAGAAGAGCAACACGAGUUGGCGGCACGCAUUCAAGUUCAAGGCGGUCAUCGUUAAUCACAUGUUUUAUAUCCUGCCACACGUUUAGCUCCACAUUGUUGUUGCUGCUCGUGCUUGUGCUCGUUGCCACAACGCCAGCAGCAGCAGCCAGCAAGCAGGCCACUCGCAGCAACAACACAUCAGCAGCAGCAGCGGCGGCAGCAGCACAACAAGCGACGCCCGUUUGGGAUCAUGCCAUCGAUUUGAAUGAGGAUUUUCGCAUACUAUGGCAAAUCAUUAAUCAGGAUAUAACAUUUGAAAUACAAGCACGUACAUUAGGUUAUGUCGGCUUCGGAUUCUCACCCGACGGUAAUCUUGCCGGCGCGGAUAUGGCCAUCGGUUGGGUGGACAAGGGUCAAACGUAUUUUCAGGAUCGACAUGUCACACGCAAUGGCGACACUGAGCCCCUUGUGGAUCCAUCGCAGGAUUAUAUGCUGAUGCUGGGCUAUGAGAAUGCCACGCACACGGUGCUGCGAUUCCGUCGCAAGUUGGACACAUGCGAUGCCAGCCAUGACAUCGCCAUAACGAACGACACGAUGCGCUUACUGUACAUGUAUCACGCACAGGAUCCACCGCACGGCUCGGUGCGUCCCGGCACGUUGCCCGAUCCGGCGCGCGCCUUUCGACCAUAUCGACCCAUGGUGUUGAUGCAGCGUGCCCAGCUGCAGUUGCCAUCGCCGCAUGAUGAGCGCGUCCGUGUGCUCGAGCUGCGCAACGAGGAUGUCGAAUUGCCCGACGGCGAUACACCGCUCUUCUGGUGCAAAAUGUUCAAACUAGAGGAUAUCAAUCGCAAGCAUCAUCUUAUUCGGUACGAGCCGAUUUAUGAUUCAUCGUCCAGCGUACACUACUUGCAGCAUAUAACGCUCCACGAGUGCCAGGGCUCCCACUCGGAACUCGAGGAGCUGGCACGCGAGCAAGGCAGACAGUGCAUGGGCGCCCGUUCCAUACCGCUGGCAUGCAAUGCCAUUGUUGCCUCUUGGUCGCGGGGCAGCGAGGGCUUUACGUAUCCCAAUGAAGCUGGCUACCCGAUUGAGUCGCGACAGGCCAAAUAUUAUUUAAUGGAGACCCAUUAUAACAAUUUGAAGCCGGACUUUGCCCAAUUGCAUGCCAGACAAAUGGCGGAUAAUUCUGGUUUGAAAAUCUACUUUACGCACGUGCUGCGACCAAAUGACGCUGGCAUAUUGUCAAUCGGCAUGGAUCCCAAUUGGCGCCACAUUAUACCGCCGGGACAGAAGCGCGUGAUAUCCGAGGGCCAAUGCAUUGAGGACUGCACCGGUUACGCCUUUCCAGCGCAGGGCAUCAACAUUUUUGCGGUCAUGAUGCGCACACAUCAAAUCGGCAAGGAGGUUAAAUUGCGUCAGAUACGACAAACCGAGGAGCUUCCGCCAAUUGCACACGACAGCAAUAUAGAUGUGGCCUAUCAGGACUUUCGACGUUUGCCACAGUCAGUGCAUUCCAUGCCCGGCGAUAGACUCAUCGCCGAAUGCAUUUAUGACAGUUCGUCACGAAAGGCAAUUACGCUGGGUGGCCUCACAAUGAAGGAAGAAAGCUGCACCGUGCUGACACUUUACUAUCCACGCCAAAAGAAACUGACAACGUGUCAUUCACUACCCAGCCUGCCCACAGUGUUGCAUUCUCUUGGUAUCGAACAACUUGCAACCGACUCAAAUCCCGUGCUGAUUUCAUCACCGCCCGAAUUGGCUGGCAUGACUCUGGAGGCACGUCUGAUAUCCUACGAUUGGGAAAAUCAAUUUGGCGAAUUUCAAGAGGCAACACGCAAAGGCAGCUUUAAGCCCAUCUGCUGGGGAGCCAAGAACCAUGUGGUGCCGGGCUCGGAGUUUCUCGAAGGCUACAGCAUAAAUGUAACCAAAACGUAUAAGAAACACAAACGCUGCAAGCCCAAGCGUCUCUAUGCGCCCAUCACGGAACGCACCUCGCCAUCGGCGGAUCUCAGCGAGUUGCCGGUGCUCCAUGAGCUGGACAACAACAACAUCAUCGAGGGUGCGGCGAGGAGUAGUCGCAGCUCGGCGACCGACGGCCAUGGUGGACUAAGUGGUGCCACCAAGAAUAAUUGUGGACAGCUCUCCAGUUGUCUGCUGUGGCUGGGUGCCUCCUCAUGGUGGCUGCUCCUAAUGCUCAGGACGUGAGGAGCGGGACCGGCACAGGGAAGCAGCGGCAGCAGCAGCAGCAACACAGGCACAAGCACCACCGUCUAACUACACUAUAUACAUACUACAUUACAUUACAUAUAUAUAAAAAAAAAAACAGUAAAAAGGCAACUACAACUCUUUAACUAUAAA